AUGGUCCUUUUCCGGCGGCAACUUGCACUUGACUCAGGGAACGAUGCUUUCUUUCCGUCAAUUACCUCGGUCGCUGAGGCAACUGGCGCCUCUCGCCUGCCGCCGGACAACCCUUUGUCUUCCAACUCCCUUUCAAAAGAGAUCAUACAAUUCCUCCAAAGCCUCGUUCCAAAUUCCAUCCACAAGUCGUCCACCGACGUCAACAGCCCGGAAAAGCAACUUAAAGCCCCUCCAAAGACUAUCCUUAUUGUCAACAAACUACGGACACAGCCAGUAAUACUCGCUAUUGACGCUUUCCUCGAACAUGUCCAUGAAAACUAUCCCGAUGUCAGGGUAUUCCAUGAAGACAGACCUGAUAUCCCACAUGGAGCUGAAGUCUGGAAGCCAGGUCUUAACUCGACUGGCAUUGAUUUGGUCGUAACGUUUGGAGGUGACGGGACAAUACUGCAUGCAUCCUCGCUUUUCAGCUCAGGGGCGGUACCUCCCGUACUAAGCUUCUCAAUGGGUACCCUAGGGUUCCUGCUGCCAUUCCACAUGGACGACUAUGCCAAAGCACUUGAAAGCGUGUUUACGGGAAAAGCUACAAUUCUGAACCGCAUGCGACUCGCCUGUGCCUUCUAUGAUAACGAACUCCAGAAGAAGGAGAACGAUCAUGAUUGGCAGGUGAUGAAUGAAAUUGCACUACACAGGGGAGCAAGCCCUCAUCUCAACACUAUCGAUAUAUUUGUAGACGGACAACACCUCACAGAGGCAGUGUCGGACGGCCUCAUUGUAUCCACUCCCACAGGUUCAACAGCAUAUUCCCUCUCAGCUGGUGGACCUAUAGUGCAUCCUUCACUAAGCGCCCUGGUCUUGACACCCAUCUGUCCCCGAAGUCUAUCAUUCAGACCACUGGUAUUCCCCUCAACGUCCAUCAUAACGCUCCGGAUAGGAGAUCGCAGUAGAGCACCCGCUGGCGUCUCUAUGGACGGCCGCACUUCACAUAUCUUGAAUCCUGGAGAAUCCGUAACCGUACAAGCAUCGCCAUUCCCCGUUCCCUGUAUCAACAGAUCUUCGAUCAUCGACUCUGAGGUUGCUGCUGAAAUGCAGCACCGAGAAGGCGCCGGCCCAGGAAAGGAAGAUGACUGGGUUCGGGACAUCAACAACCUCUUGCAAUACAACGCCACGUUUAGGAGUAAAGCGUUACUUCGACACAGCAGGACUUCAUAA